CUAGUUCAGUAGUAGGCUAAAUGCUUAGAGCUGAUGGUGAAGCCAGCAAGGAGCCUCAAAGGGCUAGUGAGAGGACCAAUUUCCUUGUCAUCUUCACUGCCUUACCUAACUGACUGCCAAGCAACAGCACCUACCAUCAGUUCACUUGAAGAUUGUGUCUCUGUUCACAAGUAUUCACCAUCAUGCUGAUGAAAAAUUGCCAUUACCAAAUGGGAGGUUUUGCUUUGACCACAGUGGCCUGGCUACUUUGUUGCAUAUCCAUAGGCCUCCCUCAGUGGCAAGUGUGGCACUAUGAAGACCCUGUGAUCCUCAAGCCUACAGUGGCUUUUGUGGGCAUAUGGAGAGCCUGCAUUUUCCACACUGACAGCAACUCCAGCAACAACAGAUUAUGUCACCAAUACAACUACCGUGAUUCCUUCGUUCCUUUGUAUAUUCGAAUAAACCAGCACUUGCUGCUGGUUUCUAGCUUUCUUGGGCUCUUUGGGAAAAUCACCACCAUUAUUGCUCUUUCGAAUGUGAGUAUGGGAAGAGUACGGAGGAAUGCCACCUGCAAUCCAUUCAGCCUUUCAGGGAUUCUGAACAUCAUUGCUAGCAGCUUUCUUUACCUUGCUGUUUUGUUCAAUUACAUAGCCAUCGUGCGCAAAUGGGGGGUUGCCUUCCCACCAUCUUUCCAUAUGCCUUCCCACCCAGACAUUCAGAAGAUGGGAAGUGCCAUGGCUUUGGCAAUUAUAGCUGCGGUUUUCUUUCUACUAAGUGGUACAAUUUGCCUUUCUUCAAAUUUAGGCAAGUCGCCCCAUUCCAAAAUUUAAAAGUAAAUUACUACCUAACAUAGACUUGAAAUGCCAGCAAAGAUACUGACUAUUCUUCGUGUGUCUACAUAAAUUUCCAAACAUCUUGAAAGAAUGCCAAUUGAGGCCUAUGACGAAAACUAGUUCAGUUGACAUUCCCUUAUCUUUUUUGGCUUCUUUUGUGUUGCCUUAAUUCAUUAUUUGGAUUGCGGGCUUUUAUUAAAUAAAAUCUUAUUUUAUGGGUAGUA